CCAGCCACUAGACGGCGCCGGUCGAGAUUGCUCCGUACACGGCGGGGCUGGAGGUCAGAGUUGAACGUUUGACAGAAAGCUGAACAUGGAUUCCAUAUUUCACGAGAAACAAGAGGGCUCCCUUUGCGCCCAGCACUGUCUUAACAACCUGCUACAAGGAGAGUAUUUCACUCCUGUGGAUCUAUCCUCAAUUGCUCAUCAGCUCGAUGAAGAGGAGAGAAUGAGGAUGGCAGAGGGAGGUAUGGCCAGCGAGGAGUACAGGACCUUCUUACAGCAACCAUCAGGAAACAUGGACGACAGUGGGUUCUUUUCCAUACAAGUAAUUAGCAAUGCUCUUCGAGUGUGGGGCUUGGAGCUAAUCCUCUUCAACAGCCGCGAGUACCAGAGCCUGAUGAUAAAUCCAAUAAAUGAAAAAGCCUUCAUUUGCAACUACAAGGAGCACUGGUUCACUAUACGCAAACUUGGACAACAGUGGUUUAACUUGAAUUCCCUUUUGACUGGACCAGAAUUGAUAUCAGACACCUAUCUAGCCCUUUUCCUUGCACAGUUACAACAAGAAGGGUAUUCCAUAUUUGUGAUCCGAGGAAACCUUCCCGAGUGCGAAGCAGAGCAGAUUCUUGGAAUCAUGAGGGUCCAGCAGCAGCAGCGGCCCAGACUGAUUGGAGAAGAGGAGGCCCAGACUAGUUCAGGCAGCAGGUCAGUUGCUCUGGGCCAAUCAGAGAUGGCCUUUGGUGUGGAGGAUGAAGUUGUGGAUGAAGAUGAAGAACUGAAGAGAGCUUUAGCACUCAGUAGACAGGACAUAGAUGUGGAAGAUGAAGAAGCUGAUCUUCGCAGGGCCAUACAGCUCAGUAUGCAAGGAGCAGUUAUGAGCAACAAGUCUUCAGAGUGUGGAGUGGGAAAUGUAAAAUCAGGGAGCCAGGCAGCAGGAAGUGCUGCAAGAGAACAGAGAGAAGGCCAGAAUGAGACACUUACAGCUGAGGAACUGAGGAAGAGAAGACAAGCCUACUUCGAUCGGCAGCAGCAACAAACUCAGACAAACAUUCCUCAACCAAAAGAUACUCAACCAACUGGAAGCUCAGGUUCAGUAAACGCUGGCUCUGAAGGGGACCAACAACCAAAACCCAGCCAGUGAAGUUGUGGAAGGUUUGCCUGUAUUGUUUACCAGCUGCCUGGAUUGGCAACCCGGUACAGGGUUAGCUUUUCUCCCUCCUCUAACCUUUUGCACAUGCGGACCUGAGGACAGUCAGAAGGCUGACAGUUUACCCCUGGUUAGUUCACUGACUAUAAAGGCUAUAAAGAAGAGGCAGCACUUAAUCCGGCUCAGUGAAGUACUGAGAUGGGGAAAAGAUUGACGAGACUCAUGAUGCAGUUAAUCCAAGUUUGCAAUUGCCUUUUUAACCAUGGCGCCUUCUCUUUCUAUUGUAUACACUUUUGUAUUCUUUUUUUUGGCUUUUUUUUUUGGCUUUUUUGUUUGUUUGUUUGUUUGUUUGUUUGUUUGUUUGUUUGUUUGUUUGUUUGUGUGAAAAACGGGCUACCCCUGAAUAUCACAGAAAGGGUGUGUUUUGUUAUUUUGUGAUGAUGACAUGUUGACACAGGCAUUCUAUGAAAGCCAUAUGAGACCAAUGCUUUGGACCAUAGAUAAAAGCUUUUAAAGCUCUUUUCACCUAUGGGAUAUAUAAUAUUGCUGGCUUCAUCAGUAUGUUAAAAACGAUGCUGUUGUGUCAUUCAGAGAAAGGUCACUUUUACAUUAAUGUUUCUCACUGCUUCAUUCAGACAUGACCACAACAGAGACACAGAGAAACGCAGUAUGCGCGUGAUAUUUGGCAUAUUGUCAGCACUGACUCUAGUGAAGUGUCAUCAUAUCCUUGAAUAUAUGUUCUUCAGCUACAGAGCAGGAUCUGUGUAUGUGUGUGUGUCCUGCAUAGUGCUUCAAGAUGAGCUGCCCCCACCCUUGCAGACAGGCUUGAGAGAAAUCACACUUCUAGAUUGGGAGUAGCAAAAAUGCAUUAUGGAAAAAUGCUUAAACCUUAUUGCAGACAUACAUCCUGUUGCUCUUUAUGGUGUUCUUUAGUUAACUGAGCAAACUUGAAAGAUUAAAGAGAGGCACACACGGCUAUAUUCUCGUGCGUGUGCCUUUCUAUUAAUGCGACUGCGUGCUGAAAGCUACACAUAAAUCAUACUAAAGCUGACGUAUUAAGUUUGCCAUUGCGUCUUAUACAGAAAUGUGACCAGGAUGCUCAAUCAGGCAUGGAGUCUGAUUUAGAUGUCAUCAGAUUCAUUGGAAAGAAGAGGUGUUCUAAAAAGGGGCUAAUGACAGUGAGUCCUUUUAUAGUAGACUUGAGUGUGUAGAACAAAAAAAAAAAUAUAUAUAUAUAUAUAUAUAUAUAUAUAUAUAUAUAUAUAAAAAUGAAACGUGCACAUCACCAGAAAAAAAGAUCCUCCUUAAAACCUUUACUACCACUAACAUCUGUGGGUUAUUUAUUCUUUACAUCAUCGACCUCGAUACAUGACAGUCUACAGGUGGUCUCCCCAGGCAUUUAGAGAGCUGCAUAUUUUGGAUGUCGUGGCUUUAUUACUUAUAAGUAUGCAUGUAGGCGUAAUGAAUAGGUGAUUAGGCAAGGCUUACAGACACAAUUUAAGGGUGUCUUGUCCUUUUUGAUCAGAUUGAUGAAAAAAAAUGUGUAGGACUUUUUGCUGAAUCUAAAUUGCUUAUCACAGAUGCAUUGUUUUUUCUUAUUUUUGUCCCGAAUAAGUGGGGAACAAAGAAGCAUUGUGUAAACAUGAAUAGUUCCAGCAGUGUAUGAUCACACAAGCCAAAAUUCUGGCAUUUCCAGCCUCAUUUUGUUUUGGGUUUUCUUUUUUUUUCUUUUUUUUGGGGGGGGGUACAUGUUAGAAAAUCAAAGAUUCAUUGGUUUCAUUUAUUUGCUGAUUAUGACCUUGAAAAUGGGGGGAAGCAAUUUCAAUAAAUGAAGAAAAUGUCAAAAAUGUGUCACAUCACCUACCCUUUGAGGAAGUGGUUGAUUUGACUUAUUCUCACUUAUUUUUCUCUACAGGACCGUAAAGUCCUGAAAGUGAGAAUCUGUCCUUGUGACUACACCAAACUACAGCAUUAAAACACUUUACAUUCAUUCAGAACAUCGAACUGACCAUUCAGCGCAAAUGUGUCUUGAUGCCUUCACUAACAUGUUAGAUGUCAUGCAAAGUUUGGCUUAUUGUGCUGGAUGAUUUUUAAGACGAUUCCAAGAUUUUGUUACCGUUCUGUUUCCUUUGGAUCUACUUUUUUUUUUUUUUUUUUUAAAUGCACUUGUGAAAAAUUAGAAAAUGUUGGUAGUUGGGGGUUUUUUUUAUUCUUAUUUUAUUCACUGUGUUCUUAAAUUCAUUAUUUUUGUUAUACUUCAUGUUAGAACAGCACAUUCUUUCAUUUAAUAUAUUGGUUCUCAUUCCAGGAUUAAAGUGAAAAUCACUCCCAA